UCUAUUCCCCUGGCAGAAGCAGCAUUGCCGGCAGUGAAAUGAGUUUUACGGAUUUCCGAAAGCUGAGCAUCCUCUCCAAAAUGACCACAAUCGUUCAUCACGAUGGGCGGCAGUUCAUUGGGCGAUGCGACGUGGACGAUGGUGGUCUUCCGUAUUCGGCAGAGUUCUACCUGAACGGUGAAGUGUGGAAGCUGAGCGGAGAGGACUGUUUUCUGAUGUCACCCAGACGGUACAUUUCCAAAGUCACCGUGGAAGGCACGGUUGAUUUGGACACAGCUGUCGGUUUCGAGGAGGCAGUGCAGACGCUUCUGAAGCACUUGAAGGUGGUGAAAGUCUUAUUGGAUGAAGAGCUUGACGAAUGCAACAAGACAAAAAGUGUUCUGGUAAUGAUUCUCGAUAAACUAGCCGAUGAAUCAGGGGAAAAUAUUGACCGCAAACGAGAUGUGAUGCUGUUGGGCAUGUUGUUGAAGAAGCAUGGUAAUUCACUGAACAUGGAUUUCAAGUACGAUUUGAAAAGUUGUUUACGUCUAUCAAGUGAAAUAAUGUCAACUCUUGACAACUAUGUCACAAAGGCUCUCAAAUUGAUUCAACGGAAUGAGAUUUUUGGUCAUUUGAACGAUUCUCUAUUGUCCACCGAGUUCAUCAGUAAUGUAAUCCAGGAAGCAUUGAACCGACGCCGAGCUCGACUUGCAGCCGUUUGUCCAUCAACCAUGAAGAAUAAGCUCAAAGAACUCCCCGAUGAUCGCAUUCUGUACGUUACCAUGGAAGAUAUGCAUCUGUUUACCGGUUUGACGACACUCGACAAAGCCAUAUUUAAAGCUGUCUUGCCGAAGAUCUUUUCCAAAUUUCUGGCAAGAGUUGAAGAAAUCAAUGACGACCAGUUCCGUGAUCUCGACCCGCUGUCCAAUCGUAUCUUCCUGUACGUAUGCAAGAGCGUACAGGACGUAGCCAAACAGCUUGGCACUCACAUCGCAAUCACCUACAGCGAAGCACUUGGAUGGGAAGAAACCAAGUUCCAAACGUCACCCAACAAAUGCCUCCGACAGCAGCUUCAAAUGCUUACCCUGCUCGCAAAUCACUUCGAACCGGGUGGUCCUUUCCGCACUAGCCGUUUCCCGUAUGAGUUCAAACUGUUCCAGAAUAUGGACGCAAUCCCCGAACCUGUCCGCAUAUGGUUGUGUCUUUUGGAUGACUGCAUGAAGGACCUGGUGCAAGCCGAUCUCGACAAAAUGCAAAUGUUUUCGUGUUUCUUCACAUCAUACGUGAGUUUCAUUGCAUCUGAAGACUUCCGAAGCGAAACAUUGGAAUGCCUCCGGACGAUUACUCGUGAUGCGUUGCGAUCGCUGGCAGAUAUGACAUCUUCUCAACACGAUCGAACCACUUCGGACUCGGUUUCAUUGGAGUACAACAAAAUGAUUAGGUGUUGUGUGGACAAGUUCCUGCGUGAACUUUCUGGACACGAAUGUGAUCAAAUCGAAACUACGCUCCAGCAAAUUAUCUGUAAAGCUAUGGAUAUGAACGUUUCAUCAGAUGAGUUGUCGAUGUUUUCCAAUGUGUUUAAUCAACUUCUGAAUGACUUAAGUGACCUGCAGUUGGAAUGGUUCAUACGGUUGCCUCCAUCAAACAAACGUAGUCUUUUGCUGGAAAACCAAUUCAUUGUUCCUGUGGAAAACACCGAUUAUAGGUGCUUUUUGGUAGUGGAUCUGAAAGGUUUUGUAGAGAUGUACAAACUCUUGCAUAGCAGCGAAAAGAUGCCCAAGCACUAUCAACUCCAAGUGAUUCUAGUAUUGCUGCAAAACCUGGAAACACUGGCAGCAAAGCCAAGCUGGAAGGACGGAAAGCGUCUUUCGGAUAAGGAGCUGCUAGGUGCUAUGACCGUUAUGACCAACUCCAUCAGAAGCUCUCUGGUCCUUCUCAACGUUCAGCCCAACUACGUUAGCUUCGAAGAUUAUCUACGAGAUCGAGUUGAACUGACUAAGAUGUGGAACAGAAAUACCUACGAAUGAGGUAUGUUGAUCACC